UCUGAGACCCGCUUUAUGUUAAAUACCUAUUAGGCAGAGAAGAUCACUGAUUUUUAAAGAAAACAAAUCCUACAUGGCGAUUUUGUAAUGGAAAGCCAGUUCACCGGAAGACGUCGGGCUGGCUGGCUGAAAAUUAAAAGUCUGUGCAUAUACCCCAGUAUUAAUGUAAUAAGACUUUUAUUUUGGUGUGGGCGUGUGACGUGACAAGACGGCGACGUACUGGUGUGUUUGCGGUCCAACAAAAGGACAAAGUGUCCAAACACUGAGGAAAACUCUUGCUGAAGCGACUGAUCUCCACACUGUUAUAAAGAUGGCGUUUAUUAAAGUGGAGAGUGAAGACCUGAAGAUUGAAGACACAUUCACCGUCAAACAUGAAGAUCCUCAGGAACAAGCAGAGCUGAUGUUGCAGAAAGAAGAGACUCCAGGACUGAAUGAAAUGGAAGUCAUUAAUCAGAAUGAGGAACACCAAGAUUUAAUGACUGAUGAGCAAUCAACUGUGACAAAAAAGAAAACCAAAUCUAAUGGUAACUUUCCCUGCAGUGAGUGUGGAAAAAGUUUUACUCAAAAACACAACCUUAUAGUCCACAUGAGCAUUCACACCGGGGAGAAGCCGUAUGCCUGCCAACAGUGUGGAAAGAGGUUCAGACUGUUACACAUCCUUCAACUUCACUUCAAACUUCACACUGGAGAGAGGCCUUAUGCCUGCACUCAGUGUGAAAUGAGGUUCAUUAAAAAACAAAGACUUGAAACGCACAUGGCAGUCCACAGUACAGAGAAGCCAUUCGUUUGCCAACAAUGUGGUAAAUGCUUUGCUCAAAAGCAUAACCUUAAACAACACAUGAAAAUUCACACCGGAGAGAAACCUUUCGUCUGCCAACUGUGUGGAAAGAGUUUCAGUCAAAAACAACGUCUUGCAGUCCACACGAUGAUUCACACUGGGGAGAGACCUUACACUUGCUCUCAAUGCGGGAAGAGUUUUACACAGAGAAACAACCUCAAUUACCACAUGAAAUUUCACACUGGGGAUAAGCCUUACAUUUGCACAGAGUGUGGCAAAAACUUUACAUAUAAAUACUACCUUAAUGCGCACAUGAGGACUCACACCAGAGAGAGGCCGUUUAUAUGUGGUCAGUGUGGAAAGAGUUACUGUCACAGAGGCAACCUCAGCCAACACUUGAAGCUCCACGUAGAAGAAACCAAAAACGUAACAUGAUGAUUUAGUCAUGAUAUUAUAUUAAAUAGUCACAGAUACUUUACUAGAUACACAUUCUUUACUAUACAACCUUCUUUGUAAGGUCGUGAAACACUAAACUUAAUUUUCUGAUGUUUUAACUGAGGUACGAUGGAGUGUAUUUUCUGAUGGAUGUCCACUCCAGGAUGAAGUAACGCAUAUCUUUUCCUAUUUAUCUUUGUUUAUUAAUAAAGUUCAAUGUUUAAGGACCUAGAUCAUGAGUUCGCAAACUCAGUCCUGGAGGUUUGGUGUCCUACAAAUUUAAGCUUAAACUUGCCUCAACAUACCUGCAAGGGUGUAUCGAGAAAGCUUAGCACAGGGCUACCCAAACUCAGUCCUAGAGGGCCGGUGUCCUGCAAAGUUUAGUUCCAACCCAAUCAGAUGCACCUGGGCUGGCUAAUCAAGCUCUUACUAGGCCAGGGGUGUCCAAACUCAAUCCUAGAGGGCCGGUGUCUUGCUGAAGCUGCGGUGACACUGGGCUUUUCCUCCCAUAGACUUGCAUUCAUACGCACGCAAAUGCGUCAGACCGGAAACGCAAGGGCAUGCAUCAAGUUUCGCAUGUUGCUGCGGUGCAAAGUUCAAGCUUGGUGAACUCUGACCUGCGUGAGACCUAUCGAGGAUCAAAACAUGACCUCUCUGGACAGAAAUGUAGAACAUGGAGAGAUCGCUUGCUUUUUUUAAUGUCUAAUCAUCUUUUUUAAUCCCGCCCCUUUUCGCAGCGCCGCACGACAGAAUUUCGCACACGCAAAGCCCGGUGUGACCGUAGCUUGAGUUUAGCUCCAAUUUGCUUCAACACACCUGCCAGGAAGUUUCUAUUAUAUGUAGCAAGAGCUUGAUUAGCUGGAUCAGGUGUGUUUAAUUAGGGUUGGAGUUAAACUCUCCAGGACACCGGCCCUCCGGGACCAAGUUUAGACACCCCGGUGCUAGGCUUUCUAGAAACAUCCCUGCAGGUGUGUUGAGGUAAGUUGGAGCUAAAUCUGUAGGACUUCAACCCUCCAGGACCGAGGUUGGGCCCCCGUCUUAGCAAGAGCUUGAUUAGCCAGCCCAGGAGCAUCUGAUUGGGUUGGAACUAAACUUUGCAGGACACUAGACCUCCGGGACUGAGAUUGAAAACCCCUGGCUUAGAUUAUAUGAUGACCUUAGUGUCAUCCCUCUUCAGGGUAAAACUUUGAUGAUAUGUGUGUCAUUGCUUUUUCUGUAUCCCAAGUUAUUUGUUUCCUCAGGAUCUUCAAGAGGUCAAGGAGACCUUGACGUAUAUGAAAUGACGUUAUGUAAGUAUAAUUGUUGAUGUUUUGAGAUUGUAAGCAGAGCUCUACGAACUCUACGAGAGUUGGAGAGAAAGCUGGCUUCUGCCGAUGAAACUGUAAAGUAUUUUCAGUAAACUUUCUUUUAAUUGAAUCUCUGAUUCCAUCUCUUUGGCUCGAGCCAUUACAAUGAUUGCAGUUAGACCUCACUAAGCAUGCAUCGUUUAAUACACCUUAAAUACUGGAGGUGAUUAAAACAUCAGUUCAAUGAUUUGCAGGGGUGUUACAAAUCUUUUGUCAGCCAACAGCUUUCCCAUUCAUUAAUGGUCAUGGAAAUUCAGUGUUUUAGUCAGUGAAGAUCAGAGAAUGUCAGGGAAUUUUAUACUUGGCUUUAAGUGGGAACCCUGAUCAGGGGAUUAUCCUUGUGUGCCAUUGUAUUUGUUGCUUUGUUCAUUUGUAUUUUGAAAAAUAUUUAGGGAAAAUGUCUAAUUAUUAUGAAAAAAUUCUUUGUUAUAUAUGUAACGCUCAUUCCCUGGAAGAAGAAUUGAAAACAUUACGUUGUGACCAAUGUGUUUGUAUGAUAAUGGCCAAAUGAUGCUCAAUUGGUACUAAUGGGACCAAAGUGUGCCAAUAAAAUAUCCCCCACACCAUUACACCACCACCACCAGCCUGAACUGCUGAUACAAGGCAGGAUGGAUCUAUGCUUUCAUGUUGUUGGCACCAAAUUCUGACCCGACCAUCCAAAUGUCGCAGCUGAAAUCGAGACUCAUCAGACCAGGCAACGUUUCUCCAAUCUUCUAUUGUCCAGUUUUGGUGAGCCUGUGUAAAUUAUAGCCUCAGUUUCCUGUUCUUAGCCAACACAAUCACACGGCAAUUCGUAACUUUUUGAUUUAGUGGCCAAUUCGAAUGAUCUAAUUCAUACAAUUUAAUACGGUUUGCUCAUCCUCCAAUGACGGUUGGGUUUAGGGGUGGGGUUAGGUACCACACCUUUUUAAAAGCGUACAAUUUCGUAUGACUGAACUCGAAUUACGAAUUAGCCACUAAACUGACAAAACGUAGAAUAAUUACGUUUUCUCAUGAGAUCAGGCUGUCUUAGCUGACAGGAGUGGCACCCGGAGUGGUCUUCUGUUGCUGUAUCCCAGCUGCCUCAAGGUUGGACAUGUUGUGUGUUCAGAGAUGUUCUUCCGCAUACCUCGAUUGUAAUGAGUGCUUAUUUGAGUUACUGUUGCCUUUCUAUCGGCUGGAACCAGUCUGGCCAUUCUCCUCUGACCUCUGGCAUCAACAAGGCAUUUGCAACCACAGAACUGCCGCUCACUGGAUAUUUCCUCUUUGUCUGACCAUUCUCUGUAAACCCUGGAGAUGGUUGUGUGUGAAAAUCCAAGUAGAUCAGCAGUUUCCGAAAUACUCAGACUAGCCCGUCUGGCACCAAAAGCCAUGCCACGUUCAAAGUCACUUAAAUCAUCUUUCUGAUGGUCGGUUUGACCUGCAACAGAUCGUCUUGACCAUGUCUACAUGCCUAAAUGCAUUGAGUUGCUGCCAUGUGAUUGGCUGAUUAGAAAGUUGCAUUAACAAGCAGUUGGACAGGUGUACCUUAUUAAGUGGCCGAUGAGUGUAUAAUCUAAUG